AUUAUGCAUAGACCUAUUAUAUAUCAAAAAAUGAUGAAAUAAUAAUAUUAUUCUAUAGUUAAUUAUGCAAACUUCUAUGAAAACUCAGAAUUGAACAUUGGCAGUAUUUGUAUUAAAUUUAUGUUGUUUGGUAUAGAAAUAUAUUUUUUUAACUGCAAUAGAAUUUCCAAAGUAAGGUACGUAAUAAACAGAUAUGUUGAACAAUUUCAGGAGCUAGAUAGGCAAUAUAUUUACAAAAGUGAUGUUGGCAAUAGAAUUGUAUACAUUUUAUAAAUUAAUUUUUAGGUGUUGGGUAAGCAACUAAUUAAACAUUCGAAGCAUAAAUCAGUAGUUAUCUAGGUAAAAUUGUAUAUAAUUUGGAAACCACUGGGCUUUCUUAUCAAAUUUUGCCAGCGGAAGGUACAUUUGUUAAUGGCGAAUUAUUUUAUGUAAAGUUGUGUGUUGUAUCAUAAUAAUUAUUGUAAUUAUUAUUUAUUAGUUUAUUAUAAAUAUUUUCUCGUUUUGUAAACAAUUUGUUCGUUUCUAGAUUAUAUUAUAUAACAAUCUUUGUUUCAAGUGUUAGAGUGUUUUAACAAUGUUACAUAUUUUACAUUAUUAUUAUUAAAUUUUGCAAGUUGCGCUUUUGUUUAUUCUUGGUUAUAAAAUAUUAAAAGUAGUAUACUAAAGAUUUAAUUAUUAAUUUUUGUCUGAGUAUUAUCAUGCAAAGAUUUAAUAUUAUGUAGGUACAAUAUAUAGGUGAAUUUUAAAUAUGUGUGUUGACUAAAUAUGUAAGGUCAAUAUAUUAAGCAUCAAUUACUUAAAAAUUCUGGAUAUUUUAUAAUGUCUACUGUAACAAGGUAAACAUAGGUAUUUUAUUUUCAUUAUAAAAAAAAAAAAAACGAGAAAUAUGAACUGAAAAUUUAAAAAUUUUUAGUUAAUAAUAUUAUAAUUAUUAUCAUAUUUUAAUAUUAUAUAUUAUUGGAUAUUUUCUAUUUACAAUUAAUAUAAAUAUGAAUUGUUUGCUCUAUUACUAAUUUCAUCAUAUUAUUUAUUAUAGAAAUAAUUGUGACAUUAAUUUAUACCUACAAAACAAUCAAAACUGAAUUUAUUGAUCUCUGUGUCAUUAUGUAUAUACAUAAUAUUAAACUAUUUUUAUAAGUUUCUUCAAUGUCUCUGUAAACAUUAAAACUGUAACUACAACCUUUAUAGAGGUAUAUUAUACCUAGUUUAACUAAUUUGAUCUAACAUUGUUUUGUGAACUUUAUUACACAAAUAUGUUAUCCUGUUAUCAUUGUUAUUUGUUUAUAUUGUACACUAUGAACUCAUGAGCUCUCAAACUAUUUUGUUCUUUGUGUUUCAUUAACUUUUGAAGAAUAAAAUAAAUACAUAAAUAGUAAUUACAAAAUUAUACCUACUUAACUCAUUAUAUGUAUUUUAUAUAUAAGAUUAUAUAUUUAAUCUAUUUCAGUAGUGAUAAUUCUGAGAUUGUUGCUAGUCGAAUCAAGAAUAUCUCUGAUAAACAAGAAGAAAGUGGAUCAGAAGAUACAGCGCAUAAAGUUGGGUCUAUAAUUUCUGAGAAAGUUUUAGAUAUUUCGUAUGAAAAGAAAAAGCUUUCUGAAAUAUCUGCAUCAUCAUCUAGUAGUUCAUCAGACUCCAGUAGUUCAGACUCUGAUACAGAUAAUAGUUCCGGUAAUUAUCAUGAUAAAUAUAAUUCAAAUAAAAUCAUUUGAUUUUUAAACAAAAUUUUUUUUUACACCUUUAGAUUUAGACGAAGACGAAAUCGAAAGAGAGCAACAAAGGUGUGAAGACAAAUUACGAGAGAUUGAAAGUGGAUUUUCUCUCCUAAAAGAAAUGUUUGUAACUUGUUAUAUAUAAUGUAUAGUUCAUCUUUGUUAAAUUUAACUGAAUUAAAUUUGUAUUCAGGUUAUAUAAAGAAAGAAUAAAAGAAAUUGAUGACAAAUUAUCUGAUGUUAAAUUUUGUACAGCACAAGAAUACCGCAUACCUUUAGAAUUGUUAGAAGCACAAAUGAAAUCUCGAAUUGGAGUAGCUACUGAAUUAAGAAUAUUUAAAUUAAUAAAUUUAAAACAUAAAUUUGAAUCUGAAGAACAAACUAUUCAACAAAAUUAUAAGGUAAUAUUUCAAAGCAACUAUUAAAAAAGCUAUUAUUAUUAUAAGUUGUUAUUUAAUAUUUAUAUUAUUAAUUAAAAUAUGAUUAUAGUUUUUUAUACAAUUGGUUUAUGUAUAUUAUAUUAUGACUUUAUAUGUAAUACCUAGGAAACAACACAGUGUGUCCUACCGUGUAUUUGUUGGAUUUUUUAGAAUUGUUAAUAUUACAUUUUUAUUUUCAUCCCCUGAACAUAAAAAAAAAAUAACUUUAUUCACUUUAGGAAAUUUUAAAAAUAGCCAUUUUCAAAAAAAAAUUAUUCAGACAAUUUUAAUGUAUCACACAUUCAUAUCCAAUUAAUAGUUUCCUAAUUAUAGCUGUUUUAAUUUCUAGAAAAUAGGCAUGAAAACAAUUAAUAUUCAAUAGAAAGUAAAGAAUUACUAUACUGAUUGUAAUUCCUUAAUAUGAAACGUGUUUUUCAUCAGAUAUGAAUGUGAUACAUUAAAAUUUUUUGAAUAAUAUUUUUGACAACAUUUUCUAAAGUGAAUAAAUAAAAUUAUUUUUUUUGUCUUAAAGGUAUAAAAAUAAAAAUUUUAAAUUUUUCUCCAAAUUGAUGUCCUUUUCGAAAACAAACAAUUGAAAAAAAAAAUCUAAACAAUUUAAUAUUAACAUCGCUAGAAAAAUCUGUUGAAUAUGAUUGGAUACACUGUAUUACAUAUAUAUUACCUAGUCAUUUUUGAAGUAUUAUUUUUUUUUUUCAUACAAUGCCUAAGUAUUUUAUGUAAUAACUAGGCAUUUUAUCAACAAAUUUAUACAAAUGUAUAGAAUAGGUAAAUUACUAGCAAUCCAUUUCCUUUUAUCAUAAUGAUAUAUAUCAAAUCAGACAAUUAAUUUUAUUAAUAUGAACACAUUUUUAUUAAAAAAUACCAAUUUAAUAUUACGAUUAUGAACAGACAUUUAAUUUAAAGACAAAAAAUUAAAUUGUAUGGCAAUAUUAAUUGUUAAUUUUAAAUGCGGUUACGACAAAAUAUAUAUUUAUUUUACUAUUAAAAACAUCAUAUUUUUAAAUAAACAAUAUUGAGAGUUUUUUAUUUUUUUUUUUCAAAUUUGUAACUAGAAAUAUGUUUUACUUUUUAAAAAUAUUGUCCAUCAUUUAAACAUUCUAAUUUUUUAUAUCACAUUGUCACUUCAAUAAUUCAAUUUUUAUUAUUAAUAAAUAUUGCAAAAAUUAAUACAUUCUGUAUACUGAUAAACAAUUUUAGACUACUUUAUUCAAUUUUUCAAAUGUUAAGGUCCCUAGGGCAAUGACCCAGUACGUUGUCAACUAGUGAAUAGGAGAAGAGGUUGGAAAUUAAGGUAAUAGAAUGUUUGAAUGUUUUUUUGUGAAAUAGUUUAUUGCAAUAGGCUAAUGUAUUAAUAUUUUGGAUUCUAAAGUCUGAAUGAAGGGAAAAAUUGUUAAAAUACCAAGGGGAAAUAUUAAUAUUAUUAACUCGAUUUUAAAACAGUAUUUUAUAACGCCUACUCAAUUCUCUACAUAUAAAAUUGUGUAGAGAAUUGAGAUUUUUAUUUGAGAAUUACAGAUCUUCUUUUUUUUGGCUCUGGUCUUUAAGACUAUACCGCUAAAUACAAAUCUUGCCACUUGUCCCUGUCUUCUGCAGCUUCUCUCCAUCUGAUAUCUGGAUUCAACGUUUUUAAGUCCUUUUUUACACAGUCUUCCCGCCUCAUUCUGGGUCUUCCUAAAGGUCUUUUACCUAUUGGUUCUUCCUCUAUCACCUGUCUAACUAGAGAUCCUUGUUUACGCCGGGCAUGACCCCCCCACAUGAUUCUUCUUUUUGUGAUCUCCUUAACUAUGUCAGGUCUCUGAAACUAUCUUUUGAGUUCAUAAUUAUGUAAUUAUCUCCAUUCAUUUGUUUCACUGUCAAGGACCGGUCCAUAUAUUUUUCUUAAAACUUUCCUCUCGAAUACUCCUAGUCUCUGUUCUUCAGCUUUCCUCAAUGUCCACGUCUCAGAACCAUUCUGAAGAAUAGGUCUUCGUAAUGUCAUAUACAUUCUUAUUUUAAAAUUUUUAGAGUGUCCUCGAUUUUAGUAUUCUUUCUAAUCCAUAAUAUCCCUUGUUAGCUAAUUGUAUUCUCGAUGAAACCUCUGUCUUAAGUUCAUUAUCUUGAGAAUUACAAAUAUAGAGAGUAAAGUAUAGCUUAACAGUUGACACUCCUUUAUACUUAUCAUUGUUAUAGAUUACUAUAGAGAUUGAAUAGGCUAGAUUGGGAAGACAAUUUAAGGUGUGAUUCCAAUGAAGUGCAGCUAAGCCGCACAGCUUCAAUAUUUUGGUUUAGAUGAGAAGGCAUGCGGCUUUUGUAACCGAUCGGCCAAAGCCGUGGAUUACUGAUGGUUGUCAGUAAACAUCAAAGAAAGUCACAUGUCAGUAGGGACGUGUCUAUAAAAAUAGCUCUAUUAUCUGUUAUAUAAUUGAAUGAUUUUAAAUGUUGAAAAAAUGCAUUACCUAUAUAUUGUUGGGUAUUUUAUACAAUAGGUAAUUAAAACAAUUUUAUAGAUUGCCAAUUAUACUUGGCAUUAUAUAGAAUUAUUAGACAUUAUGUAGAAAGUCAUGAUUAUAUAUUGCUAUUAACAUGCACAAUAACCAAAGUUACAGUAUUAACAUGCAUUUUACAAUUUCAGAAUAACAUAGAAAUUCUAUAUGAUAGUAUAGAAGCUGAUUUAGAAAAUCAAAUUGAACAAUUAGAUGAUGCCCGUAAUGAAGUGGAUAUAGAUGCAUCUCUCUGGUUAGGUCGUAGCUUGACACGCAGUGGACGUGGACGUGGUCGUCGUCCUUAUGGACAUGCACAACCCAAACGUAAACCAGUUGUUGUAUCUGGACCAUGUAUUGUAUAUAUGCUUAAAGAACAUGAGAUACUUGAAGAUUGGACUACAAUUAAAAAGUUAUUAUCUUCAGCAAAGCGUAAAGAAAAUAAAGAUUAUAGAUAUAGACCAUAUUAAUGAAGUAACAAGGUAUUUCAGAAAGUUCCUGUUGGUCAAAUUGGGACACUACAAUUUAACAUUAAUAAAAUAAGAAUUAUUAAAUUUAUUAUUUACUAGAUACUUUCUUUUAUGAAUGUGUAUAUUGCUUACAUACAAUUUUAAUCACAAUUUAAAUUGUAAAUAUAAAUAAUAUAGGUAUAUGAAAAUUAACAAAUUAUUUUAAUGCUUACACAAAAUUUGAACUAUAUAUUAUAUUAUAUUAUUAUUUAUAAGAAAAAUACACUAACAUACUACAGGUAAUAUAUUACUUAAUAAGUUAGAAUACAGAUUUCAUAAUUCAUCUAAUGUACUUCAGUAAUUGAACAGGAUUGUUAACAAUAACAUUCACUAAGGCAGGAAUAAUUAUCUAAACUAUACUAUAGUCGGUUUUUAAAUUUUUUGAAAGACAAGAUUAAUAUUGAUAUUUAUAGGUGUUUAUCUGUUAAGCUUACUUCUUAAAUGUUCAUCUCAAAAGUACUUAUUAUUUUAUUAAAUAGUUAUAAUUAUAUAAUAGUAUAUACGCUGUAGUACACCCAAAUAGAUAUUAAUUUAAAAUUAAAGUAGGUAAUAAAAUAUAAUACAAUUUUGUAACAGAAAUUAUUCAAAUAUGUAAAUAAAUAAAAUAUUCAGUCUUUAUGUAUUGUUUUAGUGUUGAAAAAUGUAUUUUUACUAAUUGUUGGAGAUCCAUCAUAUAUUAUUUGUCUAGUGACUGGAUACUGUGGAGUUUUAGGUGUUUGAUAUUGAUGUUGCCUAGAGUAGACACCUUGACUAAAUGGACUAGAGUUACUGAUUGGAUAUUUUGUUUGUAUAACUCUAUCUAGAAAAUUGUUAAGCUUUGAUGUUGCAACUGUACCUACUUCCAAUGAUUUUGAAUCGUGACAAUUCUAAAAACAAUCCAGUAACAUAUUUUGAACAAAUGAGAUAAAUUUAUUACAAAAUUUGAUAAUUACAAUUAAUAUUUCAUCAGCACCACAUUCUGCAGCUACAGUUGAAGGCGAUUUCUUACCACGUUCUGGAGCCAUAUCCAAUUUUGUACCACAGACUAAAAUAGGUACCUAAUAUAUUUAAGUUGUCAUUAUUAAAAUGUUAAAUAUUUAGCUAGGGAAACCAUGUAAAAAUAGUAUUAAUAUACCAUUCAAUAUUUCAGUCAAC